AUGGGGAUCAGAGCAGGCGGCCGGGCGGGCGGCCCUGCGCGCCGGGCGCUGUCGGAGGCCCCCGGGGCGGAGCCGGGGCCGCAGCCGCUUCCGCAGCCGGGGCCCAUGGGCUCGGGGUCGCGCAGCCCGGCCCGGCGGCCGCGGUCUCGGUCUUGCUCGCCACGGAGGGAACGCGGUCGGGAGCGCUCCGGGAGCCAGGAGAAGCGGCGGCGGCGGCGCAGCCGGAGCGGAGGACGCCGCCGGGAGCCGAGCUCGGGCUAUAACUCUGGCGAUGAGAGACAGAAGUGGACGAAAAAGAAAAGUAAAACCAGGAACCAACACUGCAGAAGCCAGAAGAAGCACUGCUCGCGGUCCCGAGGUCAUUGCUCUGACUCCAGCUCAGAGCAUGAGCGAGGCAGGAGGAGAACUUGGAGCAGAGAGCGGCAGAGGAAGAGAGAUGGCUCCAAGUCUUCUGUGUCCUCCAUCAGCUCUCCCUCCCCACCACACUCCCAGGGCAGGGAUGAGACAGGGCAGCAGCUGAACCUCCAGGAGCGCUUGAGGCUGAAGGAGGAGAAGAAGAAGCAGGCAGCACUUAUGAAAGCUUUGGAGACACCUGAGGAGAAACGGGCUCGCCGGCUGGCCAAGAAGGAAGCCAAGGAGAGGAAGAAGAGGGAGAAGAUGGGGUGGGGAGAGGAGUACAUGGGUUAUACCAACACUGACAAUCCCUUUGGGGACAACAACCUGCUGGGCACCUUCAUCUGGAGCAAAGCACUGGAAAAGAAAGGCAUCAGCCAUCUGGAUGAGAGGGACCUGAAGGAGAGGAACAAGCGAAUCCAGGAGGACAAUCGCCUGGAGCUGCAGAAGGUGAAGCAGCUGCGCCUGGAGCGGGAGCGGGAGAAGGCGAUGCGUGAGCAAGAGCUGGAGAUGCUGCAGCGGGAGAAAGAGGCAGAGCACUUCAAAACCUGGGAGGAGCAGGAAGACAACUUCCACCUGCAGCAGGCCAAGCUGCGGUCCAAGAUCCGCAUUCGGGAUGGGAGGGCAAAGCCUAUUGACCUGCUGGCAAAGUACAUCAGUGCAGAGGACGACGACCUGGCUGUGGAGAUGCAUGAGCCCUAUACCUUCCUGAACGGCCUGACCGUUUCUGACAUGGAGGAUCUGGUGGAAGACAUCCAGGUUUACAUGGAGCUUGAGCAAGGGAAGAAUGUGGAUUUCUGGAGGGACAUGACCAUCAUCACAGAGGAUGAGAUAGCCAAACUCCGCAAGCUGGAGGCCUCUGGGAAAGGAGGACCAGGGGAGCGCCGGGACGGCGUGAAUGCCUCCGUCAGCUCCGAUGUUCAGUCCGUGUUCAAGGGCAAGACCUACAACCAGCUGCAGGUGCUGUACCAGGGCAUCGAGAGCAAGAUCCGGGCAGGAGGACCCAACCUCGACAUUGGGUACUGGGAGAGCCUCCUGCAGCAGCUGAAGGCUUACAUGGCUCGAGCCAGGCUGCGGGAGCGGCACCAGGAUGUGUUGCGCCAGAAGCUGUACAAGCUGAAGCAGGAGCAGGGUGUGGAGAGUGAACCACUCUUCCCCAUUGUCAAGCAGGAGCCAGCCUCCCCCAGUGACAGGCUGGAUCCAGAGGAGAGCAUCGUGGUACAGCCAGGGCCGUCCUCGGAGCCAGAGGCUGAGCAGGACACAGAGGUCAAAGAAGAGGCAGAGGGGGAAGCUGUACUGAUGGAGGAGGACCUGAUCCAGCAGAGCCUGGAUGACUAUGAUGCAGGGAAAUACAGCCCCCGGCUGCUGGGCCCGAACGAGCUACCCUUUGAUGCCCACGUACUGGAGGCUGAGGAGGACACACAUCGGCUGCUCCUUCUGCGCCAGCAGCUGCAGGUCACAGGUGACGCCACUGAGAGCGCCGAUGACAUCUUCUUCCGCAAGGCCAAGGAGGGCAUGGGCGCAGACGAGGCACAGUUCAGCGUGGAGCUGCCGCUGACAGGCAAAGCCUACCUGUGGGCUGACAAGUACCGGCCACGCAAGCCACGCUUUUUCAACCGCGUGCACACCGGCUUCGAGUGGAACAAGUACAACCAGACGCACUACGACUUUGACAACCCUCCCCCCAAGAUCGUGCAGGGCUACAAGUUCAACAUCUUCUACCCCGACCUCAUUGACAAGCGCUCCACGCCAGAGUACUUCCUGGAGGCCUGCCAGGACAACAAGGACUUCGCCAUCCUGCGCUUCCAUGCUGGGCCGCCCUACGAGGACAUUGCCUUCAAGAUUGUCAACCGCGAGUGGGAGUACUCCCACCGCCAUGGCUUCCGCUGCCAGUUUGCCAACGGCAUCUUCCAGCUCUGGUUCCACUUCAAGCGCUACCGUUACCGGAGAUGAGGGCCUGCCCUAUGCCUCUGCGACUGUGGCACCAGCAGUGUGCAGGGGCAACCUGUCCCCUGUCACAGACACUGUCCCAUGGGCAUUCCCUACGUGUGGCCUGGCACAGAGCCUGCUCCUGAGGGUGUUUUCUGUCCCUGCUUUUAUCCUGAGGGACCCUGAGAUUUUGGU